AUGCCCUAUUCUACCCCCUCGCUCACACUUUCGUCUCAUGACGGAGCAUCAGACGCGCACACUACGGCAACACCUCCACCGGCGUCGCCACUCUCUCAACCCCGGCGGCACUCAUCCCACCAACCAUGGCGGAGGCACUCUCACGACUUGGACUCCGAUGUCAUAUUCAUGAAAGUCGACCUGUUCAUUUCCGACCUGGGACGACGCUUAGAUUGGAUAGAGAACUAUGGCAACUUGAAGCUCGAUGCAACAGUCAACGGCGCAUACUUCACCUUGGAUGCCAUCCGAGAAUCGUGUUCACAUGUCUCAGGCGAGCUGAUUGGCGCUGGACGGCGACGGGCAAGGAUACUCGUGGAGACCGUGGAGAGCAGAUACAACGAUGCCUUGCCAACCCGAGAGACGCUGGAGGCAAAAGCACAAGCUGGCAUGCGACUCACGGACAAAUUUCUUUCAGAUCUGGAGGCUCGUGCUCUUGCUGUCAAAGAUACGGGGUUUUCAGAGAUCAUAGACGGAGGCUGGCGCAUGGCAGAAGAGGGCUUCGAGAAGGCAAGAGAAGUGGUAGAUGAGGGGUUGGACAAGGCGCGCCGGGCAAGAGAGACGCUGAAAGAGAAUGUUGAGCAUGCCGUCAAAAGGGCAAAAGAGCACCGCCUCAUCACAUACGAUGACCUACCGUACCCAUGGCAAGUCAAUCCUCACAUCACGCGGGGCUACCGGUUCUCCGAAAACAAGAUCGACUGCAUCAAGUCGGCUUUCAACUUCUCCAACGAGACGGUGAACAUCUGGUCUCAUGCCAUCGGCUUGAUCAUUGUUCUGGCUAUCGCGUUCUACUUCUACCCUUCUUCUGUCAAUUUCUCGCAUUCCUCCAAGACCGACGUCUUCUUCGCUGCGGCCUUCUUUUUCGCCGCUUGCAAAUGUCUGGUCUGCUCGUGUAUGUGGCACACGAUGAGCAGUAUUUCGGAGCAGACCCUGAUGGAACGCUUUGCUUGCGUCGACUACACCGGCAUUUCACUGUUAAUCGCUGCUUCCAUCAUGACAACCGAAUACACUGCUUUCUAUUGCGAACCCGUCAGUCGCUGGAUCUAUAUCACCACCACCGCCACUCUAGGUGUAGGGGGUGUCAUUCUACCUUGGCAUCCGACGUUCAACCGCGCAGAUAUGAAUUGGUUUCGGGUCCUGUUCUAUGUCUCCCUUGCGGCCACUGGCUUUGCCCCGAUCUUUCAAUUGAGCUGGACUAGAAGUCCAGGAUGGGCGUGGGCGUUUUAUGCGCCGAUCGGAAAAUCCAUCGGCGUGUAUUUUGUCGGUGCCCUCAUUUACGCAGGUCAAGUGCCGGAGCGGUGGUUGCACGGCUGGUUUGACUAUGUUGGAGGUAGUCACAACAUAUGGCAUUUGGCAGUAUUAGGCGGCAUACUAUUUCAUUACAUGGCGAUGCAGAGUUUUUUCUCGGUAGCCUUUGAACGAGGGCGAGAAGAGUGUGGGUACGACAUUUUGACGCGGUGA